CCCACUGAUUUUCAUCUCUUCUCUCUUUUUCUCUUGUCGUCUAUCAAGCAGAGGAGAAACAAUGGUAUCUUACUCUCUUGAUCAUGUCCUUCUUGUUUCUUUCCCUGCACAAGGCCAUGUGAAUCCUUUGCUUAGACUUGGCAAACAUCUUGCCUCCAAGGGCAUGCUCGUCACCUUCUCUGUAACUGAAGACGUCGGAAAAAAUAUGAGGAAGGCCAACAACAUCACUGAUCAACCUGUAUCAGUUGGUGAUGGGUUUAUCAGGUUCGAAUUCUUUGAACUUGGAUGGAAAGAAGACGAUCCUAGACGCCAAGACCUUGACCAAUUCUUAUCUCAACUUGAGUUUGUGGGCAAACAAGUGAUUCCUCAGAUGAUAAAGAAACAUUCGGAGCAAGGUCACCCAGUUUCAUGCAUCAUCAACAAUCCUUUCAUUCCUUGGGUUUCUGAUGUGGCUGCAAGUCUUGGUAUUCCUUCUGCAAUGCUUUGGAUUCAGUCGUGUGCUUGUUUCUCAGCUUAUUACCAUUACUUUCAUCGUCUUGUGCCUUUUCCUUGUGAGGAAAAUGCAGAGAUCGAUGUUCAGUUGCCUUCUAUGCCGCUUCUCAAAUAUGAUGAAGUGCCUAGCUUCUUACAUCCUUCAACUCCUUAUCCUUUCUUGGGGAGGGCAAUUUUGGGACAGUUCAAGAAUAUUGAUAAGCCUUUCUGCAUUUUGAUGGAAACAUUUCAUGAACUAGAGCAUGAUCUUAUUGAGUACAUGUCCAAGUAUUGUAAUAUCAUGCCUGUUGGUCCACUGUUUAAGGACCCUAAAGCUCCAACAACAACCGUCCAGGGAGAUUUCUUGAAGGCUGAUGAUUGUAUGGAAUGGCUCGACUCCAAGCCACCCUCAUCUGUCGUUUAUGUUUCUCUUGGGAGUAUUGUGAGCUUGAAGCAAGUGCAGCUUAACGAACUUGCUUAUGGGCUAUUGAACUCUGGUUUUUCUUUCUUGUGGAUUUUUAGAUCGCCUCCUGAAAAUUCAGCCUUUGAACCUGUUGAUCUCCCAGAUGGAUUCUUGGAGAAAGUAGGAGCCAAGGGAAAAGUUGUAAAGUGGAGUCCACAAGAAAGAGUUCUAGCUCACUCAUCAGUUUCAUGCUUUGUGACCCACUGUGGAUGGAACUCAUCAAUGGAAGCACUUGCCUCCGGCAUGCCGGUGGUGGCUUUCCCUCAGUGGGGUGAUCAAGUGACUGAUGCCAAGUACUUGGUGGACGUUUUUAAGGUUGGUGUUAGAAUGUCCCGUGGAGAGGCUGAAAACAAGUUGAUUACACGGGACAAGGUGCAGAAAUGCUUGCUUGAGGCAACUGUAGGGCCCAAGGCAGCAGAGCUGAAGCAGAAUGCAUUGAAAUGGAAGGCAGCGGCUGAAGCCGUGGUGGCGGAGGGUGGUUCCUCCCAUAGGAAUAUAAAAGCUUUUAUGGAGGAGGUGAAGAAGAGAAGCAUUAAAAUAACUGGCAAGUCAAGCAGCCAAUAUGGGAAUUAAAGUAUGGAAAAUUUAAAAGUAUAAUAAAGUAUUGACUAUUGUGUUCCAGAAAAUUAGAAAAUGUAUUUUCCCACUGUAGCAGAAUUGUCAGCAAUGGAUGAUAAUAAUAAUAAUAAUAAUAAUAAUAUUUAAAU